UCAAUUGCGAAGUAAUAGUCAAGCCUCUCAGAGAACAUGGAAAAUACCCUGCGGGGGCAAUAUCCUCCAGCAACUGGAAGAGCCUUGGGAUGCCCAGCAUCCUGUGGAUCCUGGGACUGGGAUAGGAUGGAGGGGACAGGGCUCUGAGGGUGGCUAUGGCUGCUGCUGCUCUGGACCUCAGAAAAUGGCACUGGCCAAGAGAACCAACCAAGGCAACCUGGAUCCAACGCCUGCUGCUGCUGGUGAUUGUUCUGAUAUGUGGAUUCAUCCUGAACAAGGUUCUGGUGUUCUCUGUCUUGUUUAUCUCUCUCUGGAAAGCCUGGGCUCAGUUCUUAGGCUGGAGUCAGACACCAGUCUGCUGUGUCUUUCAAGUGCAGAAGACAUUUAAGCUCUCCAAGUUGUGAUCUUGAAGCCCCUUUCCCUGGGCUUGAGGAAGAGGCCAAGUGCAUCUGUCUGACUCAGAGUAGCUGCAGUUCAAACCUCCGCCUGCAUGGCUCCUGUGGCUGCAGGUAGGCGGGCCAGUGUCCACGUGGAGCUCUUCGCCAAUGUUGCUUUUGUCCACGAGAGCCUUUGUCUGAAGAAUAAAUGUUUGUGCUGUGCGCUGAAACCAUUUAUAACUACAUUCCGUUUUGGCCACAUCUUACUGCCUAUGUGAACAUGACUUUGCUCUUCCACUGUUCGUAAGUAUUACUUUACUUUUCCAGGCAUUUUCUUGCCCAGGCAAAUGGUUUCAUUGUUCAUUAUAGAAACUUCCUGAAAGAUCCAUCGACUCUUCAGUGGAAAGCAUCAUGAGAUAGUUUGCACCCUAAGAAUCUUUGAAUCCCUGCCUCAAAAUCCUCGUCUUGCUGUUCCUACCAAUCCUGGACUGCUGUACUGCAACCCUUCCCCACUCCUGAUGCAGCCCCUGCUAUGCCAAGACCUGUCUUAAACAAACUUCUCAGUAAAUUCGGAACUUGCCUUCCUCUAGGAUGCUGCCACAGCUCUGCCAAGACGGUCUUCUCCCUGAUCGCCAUGAGCAAUAAACUCAGCUUUCUCAUCCCCACAGGUUGUGUUGCUGAUAUUUGGGAUGACAGCAUUUGACAAUGUAAUUAAAUCCAUCCAUUUUUCCCUUUAUGACUUAGGUUUGGGGAUCUUAUUUAAGAUGUGUAUCCCAAUCUGAAGCAGAGUAAUAUUUUGAAUAUUGUCUUUUAGACAAUGCAUAGAGAUCUUCUCAUACAUGAUCUUCUAUUAGCUUUAUAGUCUCGACAUUCACAACCACCACGCAACAAAGAGAUCUGUCCCUUCUGAGGGGGGGGCAGGAUAUUGUUAAAGUUGACCUCAGUCACCUAAAGCUGUGCCAAUACUCUAGUCACUAACCACACAUGGCUAUUUACAUUUAAGUUAAUUAAAAUUAAAUGAAAUACCAAAAUUCAGUUCUUCAGUGGCACCUGCCACGUGCCAGAUGUUCAACGAGUGGCUAGCAGCGACUGUGCUGGGCAGGAAGAUAGGGGACCUCUCCACCACAGCAGGAAAUUCUGUCCCACAGCCCCGCUUUCAAGAAUUCUCUUUCAACAGAACCGGUUGGCCAACACAGCUUUCAGUUCCUUGUUAUAAAUUUAGCAUCUUAUUAAUAUAGAUUGAAACAUUUUAUAGCACAUGGUACUUGACUUAGAGUUUCCAUUCAAUUAAAGCAGAAUUUUCUCUUUAA